UAAUCGUCUUGCUCUAUGAUUACUGUCAAUUUGCUUGAUGUGCGGAUAUGCUACCGUUUUUCUGUCGUUGUCCAUUGAUUUUUCGGGCGUUUCUUGCACAUUUAGAUGCACCCGUUCUCGCAUAAUAUAAACCAAUCCAAUAUGCACGUAUCUAGCGUAUACAUUUGCAUAACAUCUUAACUUAUAAAUUCAAUUUGAACAUUAUAAGUAUUACAUGUUUCUCCUACUUAAGAUCAUGGUACAUUCAGAAUUUUCAAUACACGUGUAUUCGUUGUCGUACUUAUACACAAUAUAUUGACAUUGGUUUUCGAUUAGUAUUUAUUACGAUAUAAAAGUUAUGUACGUAUUUUGUACUUCUCCGCACAUUGCAAUGUCUCCUUGAGUACCGAUUACGUUGCAUCAUCAUUUUUUUUUAAAUUACAUCUUGCUAAUUUCUAUCGUUAAAAAAUGAACGAAACAUUUAUACCAUUGACUUGGAACAUCGACACGACGAAAUAAAGUACAAGGGAAGGUAUGUUCCCUCUUCCUGGACGGAAGAUUAUGCAAAUGACAAAAUCAUUAUCGAGUAAAAUUAAAUUCGCUUCGAUUUAAUCGUACAGCUUGACAGUGACACGCUGCGAGUCACGUGCAGUUACCCCUCUUUGGGAAUCGGGUCUUUCGUGAUUGGUUGUUCCAUCUUGUCUUUACCUCCACCGUGGGAGCGGCCAGGAGCGGCAUUAUUAUGGCGACGUAGCUCGGAUGUGCUACGAUAGAGGUCGUCGCCCGUUGCCGUAGUCCCUCAUGCCGUCGAGUUGUAAAACUGCAGGGUUGCAAGAUGCAUUUAGUAGUCUCGCGAAAGAAAUACCGACCGUAUCGCUGUUAUUGACGCUUGCACGAAUUGCAUGAUCGAUGAUAACGUCGCAGUUUGAUUUUUAAUUCACGGUUUUUGAACAUUGCGCGGAGUGUUAGGCGAUUCAAGAAUUUACGAAUUAUUGGGGUGUAUAGGGUUUAUUCCGGGAAUACUCAACCACAAUGACCGAACGUGAAAUAGGCGCCGCCGGCAUCACCAUGAGUUUCUAUUGAAUUGACGUACGCGAUAAAUUGACUCGUUCAUUACAUUAAUAUGGAAUGACUUUUCAUUUAACGAUAGAGCAAAUUUCUGCCCGACAACCUUACUGAUAAUACCGCGUAAGAUUUUCUAUUGUAUUAACAAUUGACUGUGUGGUAACAACCAAAAACGAUAUGAUUCUUCGACGAAAGUCCACACACGGCUGCAAUUGCCCUUGCCAUCAACACUGUUCCACCAGAUGUGCAGAAGAUGUAGAGAGUAUGACUGGUGAAAUUGAAAAUGGAGAUUUGGCAAUUCGAGAUGUUGCGGACCUUCUUCAAUCACAGUAUGCUAUUAUAGCAGGAGGAAAAACUCGAGAAGGUUGUCCAAUAAUUACUUUUCCUGAUAAUGGUAAUUUUCAUAAUUUAUCAGAUUUGGAUUAUCAACGUCUCAUGCUAUACCUUACUUCUGUGCCAACUUUACAAGAAGCUGAUCUUGGAUUCCAUUUAAUUAUUGAUAGAAGAAAUGAUAAGUGGAAUUCUGUGAAAACUGUUUUAUUAAAAAUCUCUGGGUUUUUUCCUGGAUUAGUUCACAUAGCAUAUGUUCUACGCCCAGCUGGAUUUCUGCAAAAAGCCAUUUCUGAAGUUACUAAUAAAUUUUUUCGUGAAGACUUUAAGUUUAGAGUCAUAUUUUUAGCAAAUAUUGCUGAAUUACAUGAAUUUAUCGAAGCAGAUCAGUUGACAGAGCAGCUUGGUGGUACUUUACCAUACUGUCAUCAUACUUGGAUACAAAACAGAAUUAGUUUAGAGAAAUUUUCAUCAAUGACCCAAGACGUGUCUCUCGCAUUAGAUUCUUUCACGCGGCGCCUAGCCGAAAUUGAAUUUCCUAACAAUACUAUUGCAACCACGGCUCUAUUAUCUCAACAACAAGUUGAGUACAAUGAAUUAAAAGAAGAAAUUCUUAGUGCUGCAAGACAUGGUGAAGCAUUGUUAGACAGUGUUCGACAAUUGACUGGCAAAGGAACAGCUGACCGACUAGGAAAUGUUGCAGCUAUAGAAAGGUUACUUGUUCAGUUGGAAGAAACAGAACGUACAUUUGACUUGUUUUGGUCACAUCAUAGUUCUCGUUUGAGACACUGCCUAGCUUUGAGACAAUUUGAAGCAGACUUUAGAGAAUUACAAGCAACUUUGGACCAACACUUAAAAACUAUAGAAGAUAUGACGGAAGUAGGAGAAACCCAAGCAAGAGUUGAACAACUGCUACUGGACACAUCAGCAUUUCAGAGAAUAUGUAGAUCCUAUUUGUUGCAUACCAUGUGGAUUUGGGUCUUGGGAGAUAUAGAGCGAGCAGAAGAAGUCAUAUCGGCUGGUCAACAACUAUUGUCUGGGAGGCAUCAGUGUCCUACAGAUGUCGUAGAGCCUAAAUGUGUGGAAUUACAGAGAAUCUGUACCAUUCUAAGUCAAAGAUUAGAAAGGCGAUUACACAUGUUGACUAAAUGCAGAGAACUAAUGGAACGAAUAGACAAGGCAAACACAUGGUGUACACGUGGAAUAGAAUUACUUGCGUCACAAAAUAACACAACACCGCCCGACCAAGCACUUCAGGAGUUAGAAGAAUUAAUCGAAUCUGCAGAAGAAUUUCAUCAUCCACGAUGUAUCUUUCAAGAUUCUAUAAUGCCUGAAACUAAAGCUCUAAUUACUCAAGUUUUGCAAAGAAUAGAAGACGUAUCUGUAAUGUGUGAUAAAAGGAUAAUGACAUUAAAACAGCAAUUGAUUAAACCAGCAAGGCCAGUUCAAACAGUAACACCAGAGCCAAUUAAGCCAAUGCAAUCACUGCCACAAACUGUAAAGCCUGGGCGAAUUCUUAAGAAAGCUAAUACUAUGCCAAAGAUGGAAAUGAGUCCUAUAGAGGGAGAGUCAUCAUCGCCAGAGAAUGAGUCUAAAGAUAUAGAAGCUUCACGCUUAAAACGUGGUCAUGUUUUGGCUGAACUUGUUGAAACUGAACGAAUCUAUGUUGCUGAAUUAGGUUCUAUAAUUAAAGGGUACAAAAUGGAGUUAACAAAUGAAGCAAUGGUUCACUUAAUACCGUCAGCAUUAGUAGGCAAAGGAGAUAUUUUAUUUGGUAACUUAGAAGACAUUUACAUUUUUCAUGGAGAGACGUUUCUAAGAGAUUUAGAAAACUGUAUUUCAAAUACAGAACUUGUUGCACUAUGUUUUGUACAAAGACGUGAAGUAUUCUUCAGACUGUACAGUUACUAUUGUCAGAAUAUUCAAAGAUCAGAAAGGUUGCGAGAACAGAUACAAAAUGAACCACAGUUUCUUGUAACAUGUCAGCAAAGACUUGGCCAUAAGCUACCUCUUGCUGCGUACUUACUUAAACCUGUACAACGUAUAACAAAAUAUCAGUUAUUAUUGAAAGAUCUCUUAAAAUACAGUGAUGAACCAUCAUGCUGCACUGAACUACAAGAAGCCUUAGAUUGCAUGCUUGUUGUAUUAAAGUGUGUUAAUGAUAGCAUGCAUCAAACUGCGAUUACUGGGUUUGGAGGUGAUUUAAACGCACAAGGCGAGCUCUUAUUACAAGGCUCUUUUAGUGUAUGGAGUAGUAGUAAACGAGAAAGACUUCGCAGAUUAAAGCCAUCUCAGCGUCAUAUUUUCUUGUAUGAAAAGGCCCUUAUAUUUUGUAAGCACAGUAAACCACAAGCUCAUAAUAAAGCUACAUACCACUUUAAAAGAUAUUUGAAGAUGUCACAAAUUGGACUCACAGAAUCAGUUAAAGGCGAUGGAAGACGAUUUGAAAUUUGGCUUCAGGGUAGAGCUGAAGUUCAUACAAUACAAGCAUCCACUAUUGAAGUGAAACAGUCUUGGGUGCGUCAGAUUAAAGGUGUUCUAAUGUCUCAAUUAGCUGAACUUAAGGGAAAACAAACUUCUGCUCUUGGAAAAACUAAUCACAAACCACUACGACAGACGAUUUCAUGGGAAGCUCAGGGCAGUGUGUCUGGAUCUUUACGUACACUUUCAGUGGAUGGCAGCAGUGUCAUAUCACACAUUACAGACGUCUCACAGUCAACAGAAGAUGAUGUUGCUUGGAGUUCAGAAAAUAGUAACACAGACGAUGAAGACGCUUUCAGUGAAAAUGCUGGACCAGCACCCGGUGGAAGAUACAUAGCAUUAGCUGAUUAUUGUGCAGUUGGGCAAUCGGAAGUGACUAUGCGCGAGGGAGACAAUCUAGAGCUCCUUAAGGUCGGUUGUGCUGGUUGGUGGUUUGUAAAAUUGAUAGGCACCGGGAUAGAAGGAUGGGCACCUGCGGCCUACCUGGAACCAAUAAAUCGAAAAACCUCACGCAGCUCUCAGUCGGUGAACAGUCAAGAAACUAUAUGAAACAGGCGUCUAACACACUAGAUUUUCCUAGUGUGUUAGGUUUCUACAUGUCUCGUUAAUGGAUAUCGAUUGUUAUGAUAUUAAAUAUUGCAUAUGGAGGCUUUUGUAAUAUAAGGGAGAUGAAGGAGACUUUGAAAAUUUUGCAUAAAACACAACCAAUAACUUAUAUA